ACACAAGCAGAGCUAACGAAAAGGGCCGGAGAGCACGAAAUGUCAUGGGAACAUUGGAAGGUUCUGACGAUCCUGCAGUAGACCAAGCCGUUGUUGAGUUAGAUGAUGAGGAAAAGGACUUCUGGAGGCAGCUGCGCCGCAAGCGUGAUUUCGAAGCGCGCAUCGAUGAGAAGCGCGCGCAGAUCGAGGCCUUGCACAAGAAGAGGCAGAGUACGCGGGUCGCACGCGAGGAGGCGAGCGUUUCCGUGGACCUGCUGAUCAAAGAGGCUGAAUUCGUGAAGUCCCAACAGCGGGAGCUGGAGCAUGACCUGGCUGUGUUGCAGGAGUCAAAUCGGCUACAAAGCCUACAGGCGACAGACAAGUCACAGCGGUACAAGGAGAGGGCCUCGCCAUCCAGGACAAAGGACUUCCUGGCCGAAGAGCGGGUGCACAUGGAAUCCCUGCAGGCGCAGCAGGACCAAAUCACGCACCUCCGAAUGCACAUUGAAAGCCUUCAUGUGGAGAAGCAGAGCUUGCAGCAGAAGCAGGAGGUGCUUUUCCACAAGCAACGCAGUGCGGAGCAGGACAGGAAUCGAUUGCUGGGCUCGCUGCAGGACGACCGAAACACGUUGAACGAGGUUCGCUCGGAGCGCAUCAGGCUUUCCGAAGAGCGGACCAAUCUGGAGAAGCAAAUUGCGUCGGUUGUCAACAAGGUGCAUGAGAGCGUGAAUGAGCCUCACGAUCGCCUGCGCUGGUCACCCGAGCGGAGGAUGAACGCACCUGCAGCUGAGGCCAAAAGUCUCUUCAAGGUGCCUGGAUCAUUUGGAGGAGUUCGAGGAGAUGUUCCAUAUGACGCAAUCCUGCAAGAGCCGGUGCAGCCAGUGCACUUCGCCACGGUCCAGGAGAGUCCGCGACCUCAUUGGACUGCCUUCGAUAAGGAAGAUCUUCGCAACAAGGCCGCAGAAUCUCCGUCUUUUGGGUCUUUUCGCACCUUGAGAACUGCAUGAAAUUCAUGAUGCAACAAUUAUCUCAAAACCAUAUCUG